AGAAUUGCGGCGCGCGGCCUUAUCCCGAUGGAUCGCGCCAGGGAAGCACUGGGCGACGCUAAAGUGGCAAUGCGCUUCAUGCACCUCGGUCCGGAUGCCCAUGCUCUGACCUUCCCACUUGACCAUGGAUCACUGUUGAACGUCGUCGCCUUCGUCACGGACCCCAAUCGCUGGCCAUAUGCUGACUGUUGGACGGCCCAGGGAAAUAAGGCCGAUGUGGCGGCUGCUUUUUCUCGCUUUGGCCCGACCAUGCGAACCAUAAUCAACCUUCUGCCUGAUCCUAUUGAUCGAUGGGCUGUUUUUGAUACGUACGACCAACCCCCAGAUGCUUAUUCUCGCGGAACGGUUUGUAUAGCUGGCGCUGCAGCUCAUGCUGCGGCUCCGCAUCACGGUGCGGGUGCGGGCUGUGGUGUUGAAGACGCGGCUGUUCUAUGCGCCGUGCUUGAUAUGGCUGUGAAGAGAGUGGACGCGACAAAAUUUGGUCCCGAGGGGAAAGCCGCUUUUAUCACGACCGCGUUUAAGACUUAUGAUGCUGUUCGUCGCGAGCGCGCCCAGUGGCUGGUUGAAAGUAGUCGCAUUAUCGGUAAUCUAUACGAGUGGCAGAAUGCUGAGACCGGGCCGGACGCCUCCAAGUGCCAUGAUGAGGUGUAUUGGCGUUCUCACCGUAUCUGGGACUAUUAUAUUGACGCUAUGUUGAGGGAGACUGCUGAGUUGUUUGAGGCGCAGGUGGCCGAGGUGGCGAAGAUUUAG